AAGAGACUCAAACCGAUGGUAACUGUGAAAAUAUUACUGGCUUUAAGAACAAAUUUAAGUCAUUGUUCAAAGAUUUUUCUCAAUUUUCAUUUCAGAAUAACGCACAACAAAUUUAUAAUAUUAACGAUUUAGAAUGUAAACUUAAACGCGUUUUUGGGGAAACAAACAAUAAAUUUUUAUGGAAAGAAGUGAAAAACAGAAAUGACCAAUUUCCAGCAAAAAGCAGCAGAGGAUUAUAUUGUGAAAAAGCUUCAGAUUUAGACCGAACUAAGUGGAAAGAUAAAGUAACUCGGUAUUGCUAUUUGCAUAAACAAAGAGGUAGUUUUAAAAAUGAGAAAAAGCGGAAAUCAGAAAAGUUUAAAUUGAGAAAAGAAUCAUUAAGUCGGAAGACCUCUCACAACUCGUAUAACGAUAAAGCGCAUGCAAGAAUCGUCAGAAAAAAGAUUAAAGUGCUGAAAGAAAAAAGGCGCACACUAUACGAAAUAAAAUCAGUUCUGAGGAAAGUGUUAUGCUCAGAAGAGACCUGUAUAAAAUUGUCCAAGUUGGUUCCAAAUACUCUUAAAAGAAAAACAGAUGGACACAAAUCAGUUAAAGAGGAAAAACAAAGUUUAAAGCCAUUAGAAAAAAAUCUGAAAGGGAAAGAUCAUUUAAUUGAAGAGCAAUCGUAUUAUGAAAAAAAUAAACACCAGAAAUUGAAAAAUGACCUCAUUCCAAAACGCAAUGAGGUUACAAGUUUACCACAAAAUAUUAACAAAUCACGUAUGGAUAAAUUACCACAAAUAAAAAGAGAGACGGAACUACAAAAUUCAAAUGAAAAACACAGUAUCCAAAAUGUAGAAAUAAUUGAAGACUGCUGCUGUUGCUCACCAUCAACUAGUACUACUACCAUUUUGAACAAAACCGAGAUAAAAAGAAAGACCAAUACCACAUUUUCGAUAAGCGCAGUUUCAAGUUCAAAUGACAAACUGGAAUGUGUCGACCUAAAAGCAAGUGACAAUCUAAAAACAGCCGAUGCGGAACGGAACGAUAAAAACGCAGGAAUCUGUUCAGAAAUGUUACUGGAGGAUAUGUUUCCCGAUGAAUCGGAGGAAGAUCAGGACCUCCAAGACUUGAUUGCUAUGCUGACGGAUUCCAUCGAUGUUGAUCCCAACCCUUUAAGUUGCCAGGAAGAGGAAACGGGGAACAAGCGUAUCGAUCACAACUCGCACACCAAACUGACUCCCGAGGAUGUCCCACUAGACAUGACCGGCAUGGAGCACUACAAGAAACGACUCAUCCACCAGCACGAGAAACCCAGCGGGCUAUCGUCGCCCUGCACCACAACCGAGGAGGACGACGAUAGCAUAGAAUCGCCCCUGAGCCCCGCUUCUAGCGUGCAGUCGCGGGAGAGCUGUCAGCAGGAUAAAAAGAGGGACGAGGUGGUGCAAAAGGUUGCCAGGAAAAGGGCGGUAUGCCGGAGCCAGUUCAGACACCAGAGCAUGGAGCUGUUCAAGCUUGGAAGCAGUAUUCCGACGUCGUUGUGCAAGACGAAGGAACCGUACAAUGUUUGUGCCGAGAAAAACCUCCAGAUGUGCUACCAGAAUGGCGGUUUAAAGAAGUGCGACAAAAAUCCUUCGAAAGGGUCCUUAACUGAAUCCAUUAUAAACACAAUCGAGGGCGGCAAGAAAAAAGAAGGGUCCCUGUGGCGAUCCGUCUCGCUUAACAAUGAGAUCUCCACCUCCUCGAAUAGUAACAACCGGGAGACUAAGAAUUCAGGUAACGGUAGACACAUCUUGCCUGCCAUUGUACCUGAAUUGCCCGAACGCAGGAAGAAUAGGGUAAAGUCAUUGCCGGAGAACAGCAGCAAAAGUAAUAAUGAAAUCGAGAAGAAUAACAAUUCAAAUGAAGCAUGUUCAAAGUCUGUUUAUGAAUUUGCAGAAAACGACGGACCCGACAUAAGUCCUCCAGUUGAGACAAUCAGUAAAAAGCCUACCGUUAAGCAAAAACCGCUGGAAGAAUCGCAAGAAAGUAGCAAAACUCAAGAUAUUACAGAAGCACGCGUACAGAACCCGACCGCUUCAGAACUGGACGUACCCGAUUGCACCCCCAUCAAUCUAUCUCUAAAAAAACAAGAUCGGCCCUCGUGGACGGACCUUUUCAAUAUCCACCACCCGAAACGAAACGAACUGAAUAACAAUCAACACCUAACCCACACGAUACUGAAGCAGCCGAGCAACGUACCGACAAAGCCCGCCCACUUUCACGACAGCAACGUCCCUAGGACUCACGCGGACCAGAAAACGGUCAUAAGCGAAAACUUGGACUCGCGACACGUCGACAAGGACGGGAACUGCUUCUUUGUCACAGCCAUCCCCAGCGCCGCUUUGGACCCGCAGAAGCAGAGCAACGUCAUCGUGAUCAACUUCCCCCACAUUCAGCAGCAGAUGUCGAGGAUGGAGAAGCCGAACGUGACCCUGCCGGGACCCCCGGAGGCGCAGCAGUCCCCAUUGGAGAUGUUGGAUUCCGCCAUAAUGAGCCUCAUAAACAUAGUGAAAUCGUCCGUGGAGUCGGCGUUUAACAUUCUAUCGUUACCCGUUUUGAAUCGGUUGUACAUCGACUUGAGCCGGUACCUGCUGCUGCCUACCGUGUCGGUGAAAAUGAAAGCGUGCAUAGAGGAAGCCUUGAACGUGCUCAUAUCCUACCUCCUGGUGAAUCUAUUCCGCACGCCUCGGAAUUCCAGGGCUAGAGACUUUGUCCACAAGAUGCUGCAGCUGGAUCUGAGGCCGCACAUGGAUUUCCUCAUCCAUUCCCUCGACGUAAUCCAGCAGAAGAUUAAGUACGAGUACUUCACGGACCACCUCCUGAAGGUGUUGUCGCAUAAUCCGCAGGAGGAUUUUGUGAUGCCCCUUCCGAGGAACGUCAGGAGGCCCUUCGGCGAUUUCCCCAACGUUCGCCCCGCUCCGCCUCCUCCCCAUCCGUUCUUUCCAAAUCAGAACCAGUCGUCUGAGUUCAGAGAUUAUCCACCUAAUCGUUUUUGGAUGGAAAAUCAGGUUUACCAACACGGCAACGUGGCGAUGCCCAACAUGGAGUUUCCGAAGAAUCAGUCUCACAGAAGGAGCAGGCGGCAAGGCGAUCAGGAGUCGGACAAGCAUUUGUUGGCGACUAUGAGGGUGCCGGAAAAUUUCAAUGAGCCCAACUUGGUGAUGAUGGGACCGGACUUGUACUUGGCGGAUAAUAGGUGUAUUCCGCCAAACAUGUCCCACAUCCACCCUAAAGUGUUGUUGAAUGCACCGCUCCAACAACCUAGGUCCAAGGGCCGACCGAGGAAUUCAAGCAGAAUAAACAAAAUGCCAAAAUUAUCCGAUAACUCGUUAGAUUUGACGGUUAUACCUCAAACGGUCAAGCAUAGGGGGACACCCGAAGAAAACCAAAUCUUUAACCACAGAGAAAAAACCGUAAACAUUCCAAACAGCAAUGUCUCAGACGCCAGAAGGGCGAUACGCAGACACAGCGACAUGAUCGAAGAGAGCGCACACACCAGAAACAGGCAACAGGUCCUCGAAAAUAGACGGUUAUCAGAAGGAGCGAUGAUUCCAAAUCAGGCGAUUGAAAAUGGAGUAAACGUAUUCAGCGGUAAUAAUUUUCGAAUUAUGACCGGGACCCGCGAAGUUCAUAAAACCGUGAACGGUGAAAACGACAACUAUUUCAGGAACAGUUUGAUGUAUGCGCAACAAGCCACGGCAAAUUACGACAAAAAUGCAAGAAUACCGAGGAACAACAUUCGAAAUUAUGCAGAAACUGGAUCGAAACAUUUUCCUGCCAAUGUAGAGGCGCCGACGAGUGGCGGUAACACCGUAAUUGUCGGCAAUGAAAUCGUGCAAUGCAAAGAACAAAUUGGGGAGUUUAAGACCAAAAAUACCCCCAGAAUUAUUACGAAACAGUGCACGGGUUCAGACGUGGAGCAGUACCUACAAACGAAUAUUAUAGUUAAUAAAUAUCAGGCUACCAGCGUAAUUUGCGAGCCUGUUUUAAAGAAUUUAAAACCGCCGACAAAUACGUACGAUGGAAGUGGCACCGCGGUUAGUAAUAUCGGCGAAAAAGUGGUAAAUAUAGAGCAAUUCCACGGAAAGGGUUCGAAUUUCGAAACAAACGUUUACAAAAACCACAUUCCUAAUACGAAACAAGCAAGUAGAACAGCAGAUUCGGAAACGGUAGAGAAACAAAGCGGCUAUGACAAACGAGAGGAAUCUUGGUGUUCGAGCAAAGCGAAAGCGGCCAAGCCUAACGACGUGCCCGAAGUUAUCGCGAACACCGUUAUCAUCAAGGACAAGUCGAUGGAGAUAUCGAAAGGGGCCGUAUCGUCCAGUGCCGUAACCAACACGAUGGAUUUGGAUGAUGUGGUUUUGGAAAAGGUGAGCCCAACGGGCGAUUUAAAGCACGGCAUUUCGUACACCACCAGCCGCGGCGAAGGACCACCGAAGGUGAUUACGGACGGCGGGAACUACCAGGAAAGGCUGAGUUUAGUAACGGAUGUGUCGAUAGAGAAAAUAACGGACGAGUAUGACGUGCCACCGAAACUAAUCAAGUUGGCCACCCUAAAAAGAAAGACCGCCCAUGAUGAAAGACAGCAAAGGAAACUGGUAAAACGGUGGCCGUCACCGAAAGAAAUGACUGGUGGUGAUAUUGUAGUCAUUGAAGACGAAGAAAAAAUUAAAGAACUAAAAAAGUUGGACUGCAAUCAGAAUGAUGUUACUAAAACCGAAAAAUUCUCUCGAAAACCAAUCACGGACGCCAUUAAUUCAGUCGUCGCUUCUAAUACUUCGAUAAACAAGGAUAAAUCGAAUAAACCCACCGUUUCCGGUGAACGAUCUAACGUAAAGCCUGUACCGCCUAUGAUCGAAGACAUAUCUUCCGAGGAGGAAGUCCUAGAACCCUUCCGCCUCUAUAGCACAUACGACAACAAAGUUCCUGGCGACCCGAGAAAAAUUCUCCAGACGAUGGAAGUUAGCCAUUGCACAUUGAUCGAAGGCAACGUAAAAGCCAUUCAAGACGCGAACCGACACCUAUUUGAAAAACCUCCGGUAUAUACGAGACCUGUGAUGCCGCCACGAAACCUCAGGAAACCACCAGCGGAAGAUAACCCAGCAAAUAGAAAAGAACCUUUGGCGAACCUGGUUCAGUUCAAAGAAGAUUCCGACACUCUGACGUGCAGCUUAAAAGUGAAAAAUUCGGAACUGAAAUAUCCGAGUAACAUGGACGUCAGAAGGUUUUCACCGGGCACCGGUUAUCAGGUUGCAGCAGAGGACGUAAGUCCGAUACGAUCUCCCAAAUUUUCUCCGAAUUUUAAGUCUCCACCCAGACCUACUAAUGCGCCAUCGGCGGUAGUUCAAAUGUCCCACAUGGUUCCAAGGCCACCAAUCGCGCAAGCGCCAGCAGCCGUUCCGGUAGUUCAAACGUCCCCGGUGCCUUCAAAGUCGCCAGCAGUUCGAAUGUCCCCUGUUCCAGUGAUUCCGAAACUAGCGAUUGAUCGGACGUCACCGGCGGUAAGGCAGGUGUCUCCUAGACUUCCCGGUCCUCCCCCUCUUAACGAGUCCAACAUGAACUGGGGCCACUGGUUCUCCGAGGAGCAAAGGAAAGGGGUGUUCAACUUCGAAAGAUCUCAGUCUAUGGAAAGCAGCACUUUAAGCGGGAGACAAUCGGCGGAAGCCUUAAGUAGUGCCGGUAGUGACUACUGUUCCAAAUUUUCACCCGAAGAGCCCCUCUGCGAGAUAAAAAUCGAUUCGAAGCCGUACAGGAUCAAGAAAAGCAUUUUCAAGAAGAUACCCAAGGGGAAGUUGUGUUACAUCCGGGAGUCUAACAGUUUCGUGCGCUACUUCGACGACAAACAAAUGGAACUGUUCAUUAGCAACUUGAACCUGGGCGAGGGCAGUACGGUGGCGAGCGAUCUCCUGAAACAGAUCAGGAGUCGCGGCGAGGGCCCGGCCAGCCUUGGAAGUCCCACGGGGCACUACGAAACGUCGGGAAAAGGCGAGGUGAUAACUCUUUCUAAAGACGUAGUUUUUUCCAGUGAAGAUUUCUUGUCGGAUCCGGAACAGUACGUGGAAGAAGUGGAGAAGGUGCAACGUUACGUACCGAAAGACUUUUACGGGUUCUACAAGUUCGUCACCGGAUAUCAAAUUGUCAACCACCACCCCCCGAUUUCUUUUCUGACGUUCCUGACGAUGCACAACACUAACGGAAUCAGGGGGUUGUUCAAGAACUACGUCAAUACCUUGGCCGAAGGGAGGAGUAUUUUAUAGUGUUUUGGAAGUUGUGUUUUCAUUGGAAACAGGAAAAA